AUGAAAUUUACUGCAGUGUGUAUUGCUUUAUUGGCGACUGUCUAUGUAGUCAGUUCUCGAGUAAUCAGUGAAACUGAUUUAAUUCAAAGAUUAGCCAAGCGUCAAGCUUACAAUGAUCCAAAUUGUAAUCCUCGAGCAUGCGCUGUGCCUAACUGCGGAAGAGAUUAUGUUGCAGUAACUCUUCCAGGUGAAUGUUGUGAACGUUGUGUGCCAUGGGAAUACGCUCAAAGUACUGGGCUCGCACCCAACCGAGGUCCGCAAGCAAUACAAGGACAAAAUAGUUUCCAAGCUCAAUAUGAUCCGUAUAGUCAACAAGGUGGCGUUAGUGUUUACAUUUAUGGACCUGAUGAGGGUGCUCGUGUAUCAAAUGGACAAAGUAUUUAUUUUGACUGUGAAGUCAUUGCUCCAUAUAAUCAGAAUGUUCAACCACGUUGGUCGCGAGCUGGUAACCAACCAUUACCAUAUAAAUCACAAAGCACAGCUCUUCCUGGAAAUCGCAAACUUGUCCGUCUUACUAUUCCUGAUGCCACCCCCGCUGAUGCUGGUCGAUAUGAGUGUAGUGCUGGCACAGGCAGUCCAAGAGAUCAAGCUACCAUUGACUUACAAGUAACCGAAGGCGGUUAUUAUCCUCGACCACAGCCACAACCUCAACCUCAACCACAAUAUCCAGGCUAUAAUCCAUAUGAUCAAAAUCCUUAUAAUCAGCCAGACCGAUAUCCACCACAACCACAACCUCAACCUCAACCCCAGCCCCAACCGCAACCUCAGCCAGAUGGUGACAACGCAGGCGAAGAGGAAGGCGAAGGCGAAGGCGAAGGUGAAGGCGAAGGUGAAGAAGAUGGAGAACCCGCGCCAGGAGAACAAAAUGCAGGUAAACCAGAUGCUGGCAAAACCCCCGAACCAGGUGCUUCUGAUGAUGGCGAAUACCCAGAAGAUUAUACCGAAAAUGAAUAA